UCUAAAAAAAUUUAACUUUUUAACCACAAAUGCUCAUCUAGCUCUGCAAUGCGUCACGCAUUACGUAAUCACAUUGGAAAGGUCACUCAUGUAGGGCGAAAGACAUCUUAUUUUCUCCUCCAACUCCAAUGUCGUCCGACAUCGUUUUACCUUUUUUUGUAAAGGCCGUUUGACUUAGUCUCUGCACAUUCACUUUGUAAACACUGGAUCGGUACUUCCGCCUACGUCACGUGUGACCUUUCCAAUGUGAUUACAUAAUGCAUGGUACAUCACAGACCUGUGCAAGACGAGCAUUUGUGGUUAAAAAGUAUAUACAUUUUAUUUUUUUUUUUUUUAGAAAAUGGCAGAUGGUUUCUCUAGAUAAGACUCUUAUUCCUCGUCUGGGAUCAUGUAGAGCUCUUUGAAGCUGCACUGAAACACAUUUGGACCUUCAACCCGUUGGUAACUGUUGAAGUCCACUAUAUGGAGAAAAAUCCUGGAAUGUUUUCCUCAAAAACCUUAAUUUGUUUUUGACUGAAAAAGGAAAGACAUGAACAUCUUGGAUGACAUGGGAGCGUUCGUGGCAUCUACAGUGACCAUGGAGUGGACGGUGGGUCUCAGUAACCUGGUGUUAGCGGUCUACGGAUUCACGCUGAUCAUAGGCCUUCCCGCCAACAUCUUGGCUUUUUACACUUUCUUCCAGAAGGUCCGCCAGCGCUCCACCCCGAUGGACGUGCUGUUACUCAGUUUAACCAUCUCCGACUUAAUCUUCCUCUUUUUCCUGCCAUUUCGCAUGGUGGAGGCAGCAAACAUGAAAUGGACAAUGCCGUACUUCCUCUGCCCGCUGUCAGGAUUAAUCUUCUUCUCCACCAUCUACAACAGCACCUUCCUCUUGACGGCCAUCAGUGUGGAGCGAUACUUGGGUGUAGCUUUCCCCAUUAAAUACAAGCUGAAACGCAAGCCUCGAAAUGCCGUGAUAGCCAGUGUCAUUUUCUGGGUGGUUUCCAUGGCGCACUGCAGCAUCGUCUACAUCAUGCAAUACCUCGACUAUCUCAACCCCAACAUCACCGAUCCAUCGAAGCGUGACACCUGUUAUGAAGAAUUCAGUGAUGAACAGCUCAAGAUCCUCCUGCCGGUUCGCCUCGAGCUGUCUAUUGUUUUCUUCUGCAUUCCUUUCCUCAUCUGCUGCUUCUGCUACAUCAAGUGCAUCUGCAUACUUUCCCGUCUAUCCAAAGUUGACGCCAAGAAGCGGUAUAGAGCUAUCGGGAUGGCGUUGGGAACGCUUCUGGUCUUUGUUAUCUGUUUCAUGCCCUUCAGCAUCACACAUGUGGAGGGAUAUUUUGGCGGCUACAGCGCUAAAUGGAGAAGAUAUGCUCUGCUCACCAGCACGCUGAAUGCAUGUCUCGACCCUUUCAUAUUCUACUUCUCUUCUUCAGCACUCAGAGAGAAUUUCAAGAAGGUGUUGCAGGAGCUGGUGGGGUGGCUGCUCCCUCUCUGCUGCCGCUCGGCUCUCUGCUGCUCUUUAUUCAACCGUGGGAAAUCAGAGGAGAGAACACAGAGCUCUGAUGACAACAUCCGCUAACAUAUCAAGCCAGGUUUUGCAUUGAUUGAUGUGCUUUGUGUUGCCUGCAUAUGUCUUUAAUGCAUGCCAUUCUGUCCAAAGCCAAUUAAUAUAAUUCUAUUACGUCACCGUGACCCAAUGCUUUAUGGAUAGACAGAAGAGGAGCGGCUUAAAAAUGGUUUAUGGAAGAAAAUCAAGCAAGCAUUAACAUGCUGAUUGCACUUAUAUUUUACUUAAAGGGUUAGUUCACCCAAAAAUGAAAAUUCUGUCAUUAAUUAUUCACCCUCAUGUCAUUCCAAAUGGGUUCUACAUCAGAACGUCAGAAUCACAUGCAUGCGCCGUACUGCUCACGUGAACAGAAUCUGCCAAAAUUCAGAUGUAGAACCCGGAAGUGCUGCACUGUGAUUACUACGUGAACAGAAUAGGAGACAUGACAUGUAAGAGAAGAAAUUGUUGAAUAAAGUCUUUUUAAUGUGUUUGCUUUUUGCACACAAAAAAUAUUCUCGUCGCUUCAUAAGAUUAAGGUUGAACCACUGCAUACUAUUUUAACGAUGUCUUUACUACCAUUCUGGGCCUUGAAAGCGGUAAUAACGUUGCAGUCUAUCAGAGGUCAGAAAGCUCUCAGAUGUCAUCAUCUUAAUUUGUGUUCCAAAGAUGAACGAAGGUCUUACAGGUUUGGAGGGUGAGUAAUUAAUGACAGAAUUUUCAUUUUUGGAUGAACUAACCCUUUAAAUCUACGCAGCAGUGCAAUUUUAUUCACAAUGAAAUAAAGAGCUCAAACAGUUUGUGAACAAAUUACAGUGAAAAAUCUAACAUUCGAACUAAUACACAGCAUUCACUUACAGCAAUGCUACAAACAAUCAAAGAUAUUUUGACACGACUUUGUAAAAAGCUGUUUUUGUUACUAAUUUUUCAAUAAAAUUUGUGAUUAUA